AUGGCUCGCCAGCAGCAGGCGGAUGCACAGAUGCCUCUAAAGGACUGCUGGAAGUACUAUUCGCAAGUUCUCAAUGACCAGCAAGCGCUGAGACGAGUGACUGUUACGCCUGCAGCGCAUGGCCGCACUUUCUCUCCACUAUAUCAAACACCUACGAUCCGAGCAUUUCCUUAUGGCUUCAACUAUCCCAUUCCACGGGGAUGGCAAACUUCUCCGAGUGAAGUAUUAGUUGUCAACCCUUUAGUGUGGUCAGAGGCAAAAGAAGAGUAUAAGGAGUUGUGGAGAGGGGCCAGAAUUGUCCUUUGCGUUCUAUCAGCGAUCGAGGACCAUAAGGUUUCUGAACUAUGCUUCGAUUCAAAACAACUCGCCACUAGGAUAAACUACAUGAUUUUUGCCCAGCCGUGUGAAGAGUACAACUGUUUCGCAGCCAUCAUGAAACGCCCAGGCUUUCGUCACCUUCACCUAUCCUUCCUGGUUGGAUACAACGGGGUCUAUGACUAUGAAGGUUUCACCAGCGGAUGCUUCUACGAGGCUAUUAGCUUGGCGAAGGAACUGACUCACAUCCAUUUGACAGUAGCAUUAGACGAUUCAAAUGGGGACCCAGUUCUUCCUUUGAAAGACAUUCUCCCUGUCCAGCAAUGGCCAAAUCUCUAUCAUUUUGGUCUUUCUAAUUUUGGCGUCAAAACGUCAGACUUAAUUGAUCUGCUUAGUUCGGCUUCAUCUUCACUACGCUCUAUCGAGCUAGGAUCCCUUGGGUUUCCUAACGAUGAAGGAGACUGGUCUGAGCUGUUAGAGCGGAUGCAAGAUGAGCUUGAUUAG